AUGAAUCGUAAAGAAGAAUGCAUCGCUGUGACCAACGAGCUGGCGCCAUAUCAGAACCUUUGCGGCGGCGCAACUCUCACAACUGGUGGUCCGCUAACAUCACGAUUUCGUGGCUAUCAAGGCUCUGAAGAAGGCGACGACGCCGAAACGGCUUUGCCAGGAGAUAGGAGGAGUUUGAUGAGGUUUUCAAAUAGUUUCACUGGCAUACUUCGUCCGUUGUGUGUUGUGACAACUCCUUUUAACGCAACCAUUGGCCUAUUGUUAUUUCCACUGUUCUAG